GGUUCAAGUACCACAACAGAGAAGAUGGCUGCGCUCGUACGGACACUUCUCCGCGACAAAACAUUCGGUCUGCGCUAUGUUCGAACCUCCAGUAUCCUUCAGGGACAGGGCGAAUACAUACAGGUGAACCAGAUCCCUGAAAAAGAGCUCAUGACGAGAGAAGCUAUCGCCGACCGCACGGCGAAACUCUUCUUCUUCGAGGAACUCGUCCGCGGGAUGAUGGUUACGCUCGGAAUGAUUUUCAAAGAGCCGGCCACAAUAAAUUAUCCCUUCGAGAAAGGUCCGCUAUCCCCCCGCUUCAGAGGAGAACAUGCUCUCAGAAGGUACCCCUCGGGAGAAGAACGUUGCAUCGCAUGUAAACUGUGUGAAGCUAUCUGUCCAGCUCAAGCAAUCACCAUUGAAGCCGAAGAACGAGCUGAUGGUAGUCGACGAACCACACGGUAUGACAUCGACAUGACGAAGUGCAUAUACUGUGGUUUUUGUCAAGAAGCCUGCCCAGUCGAUGCGAUCGUCGAAGGACCCAACUUCGAGUACUCUACCGAAACUCACGAAGAGUUGCUAUACAACAAGGAGAAACUACUCGAUAAUGGAGACAAAUGGGAGCCUGAGAUCCAGGCUAACAUUCGAGCAGAUUAUCUGUAUCGCUGAGAGCUGUAGGUUAGACUAUCUGAAGGUGAUAUACGACGGUCGGGGGCACCGCCGGCCUGAUUGCAUCCGAAGUCGAAAGCGUAAAUAUAUUACGGAAGCUGCUGGGGA